AGCGGUUAUUGAGUCUACACGGUUCUCAUGUGGCACUUAAGUUCUUAGCGCCGCUUAGCAGAGCUACACAAUUCACUGCAAAUCAUAGGAGAAGGUCCCUGCUCAGGAAAAUGGCUGAAACUGCUCCAGCUCCCGCUGCAUCACCGGCUAAAGCUCCAAGGAAGAAAGCGGCGUCAAAGCCCAAGAAAACGGGCCCGAAUGUCCGCGACCUCAUCGUUAAGACUGUAACCGCAUCCAAGGAGAGAAACGGCGUGUCUCUCGCAGCCCUGAAGAAGGCUCUCUCCGCCGGUGGAUAUGAUGUGGAGAAGAACAACUCCCGCGUCAAAACCGCCGUCAAGGCACUGGUGACCAACGGCACUCUGGCCCAGACCAAAGGCACAGGCGCCUCCGGCUCAUUCAAGCUCAACAAGAAGCAAGCCGAACCCAAGAAGGCAGCCAAGAAAACCGCCGCAAAAGCAAAGAAACCCGCCGCUAAGAAAUCUCCCAAGAAGGCGAAGAAACCGGCGGCCACAUCUGUGAAGAAGGCGACAAAGAGCCCCAAGAAAGCCAAGAAGCCAGCGGCUGCCAAGAAGGCGACCAAGAGCCCCAAGAAGGCAAAGAAACCAGCAGCUGCCAAGAAAGCAGCCAAGAGCCCCAAGAAGGUGAAGGCAGUCAAGCCCAAAACGGCUAAACCUAAAGCGGCGAAGUCUAAAAAGGCGGCUCCCAAGAAGAAAUAAUCGACUACUUCUGCUCGAUUCUUCCAAAAACCCAAACGGCUCUUUUAAGAGCCACCAAUUGGUUCAAACUUAAGAGCUUUAUUUCGAUGGUUAAAUCGAAAAAAAAAAAAACUUCCUGAUGAGGAAUAUUCUCAUUUAUAUUUAAUAUUCACAAACACUCAAGCCUGUUUGAGAUUUUACUGUUGAGUAAAAAAUAAUUUGAAUAAUGCUGGAAUAAUGAAUAACGCUAAAGCAUGUUACCAUCGACUCCCCGUUUGUUUUCCUCUUAUAGAAAUCAAUGGCAAGUGUUUAUUUUUGUAGUAUUCUGAAUAUUUCUGUUCAGCAGAAAAAAAAAAAGUCUUAAAAGUUAAAGUUUGA